UCGACAGUAGAAGGGAUUUUUCCUAACCUCGCGACAACACAGCGCUUCAGAAGCAAAUAUGGCAGGCAGAGGUGGACAUGAUAAUAAUAGAUACGGAGGUGAGCGGACCCGUAGACCGCUACCAACGGAACCACCGUACAUUGCGUAUGUUGGCAACUUACCGCAAGGCGUUGUCCAAGGCGAUCUGAACAGGAUAUUCAAAGAUUUUACGGUGAAGAAUAUUCGCCUGGUCAAAGAUAAGGAAACCGACAUCUUCAAGGGCUUUUGCUAUGUGGAAUUCGGCACGCUGGAGGAGUUGCAGAAGGCAUUGGAUUUGGACGGGAUGAUAAUGCUCAACGAUAGUCAGGCCACUUUGAGGAUUGACAUAGCCGAACAGAAAAAGAAUGAUCGUGGUGGCUUCAAUAAGAGAGGUGGUGGCGGUCAGCAGAAUCGCGGCGGAGGUGGCUUUAGUAACAAAGGAGGGCUUCAAAAUACCCGCCAGGGUGGUGAGAGAAACUUCGGUAAUGAUAACUUUGGAAGAAGUGAUUUUGAUAGAAACCGCGGACGUUCAAAUAAUUUUAACGAGCGUGGACCAGGACCAAACCGCGGCAGAUAUGGUAAUUUUAGUGAGGAAGGUCAUGAAGGUGGUGGCCGCGACGGAGGAAGUCGAGAUGACUGGAGCCGAGAUUCUGACGGCCAAAGAGGAGGAGAUAACUUCAACCGUGGCGCCGAAGGUGAACGUUUCAAUCGAUACGGCGCUGGUGCUAGUGGAGGAGGAGGAGGUGGUCGUCGAGAGCAUCGUGAUAGUGAUAGAAGAAAUGAACCAAUUAAUGCUGGUCCUGCGCUUAGUCUGGCGGAACGUGACGCCGGUAGACCCAAGUUGAACUUGAAACCACGAACAGUGGCCACUCCGUUGAACGCUCUGGCGGAAACAAAGCAAGCUGCCGCCAUAUUUGGCGCUGCCAAACCACGCGAAGAAAAACAAGGCGCUGAAGGCAGCAAGCCGGAAGAAUCAGAACGUAAAACGUCUGUUUCAUCAUCAUCGGCGGGAGAUGAUAAAAAUGAGUCAAACUAAAGCUUUUCUUUGGUUUGUUAGCGUUAACAUAUAAUAAUUUUUUCCUUUUAUCAAAUGAGAGCGAAAGUAAAACAGUUUUUUACUAAAAUGCUAGUAAAUAGGAUGAAAAAAAAACUGGAUUAUGCGAAAUUACAAACCCCCUACAUGAAAAUACAUGCAUACCUACAAAAAAACGAUAAAACCUAACGUAAAAUAUGUGUUUAAUUUAUGUUUUGAGUUUUACGCUUUUUUCUACGAUUUAAUAUUAAUACUAUUAAAGAAAAAAAAUGCAAAAAAGAAGGAAUGAAAUACAAAAUAAAAUGUAAUUAUACUGCAAAUAAUUAUGAAACAGUAACAUAUAUGAACUACUAUAGCACAUUGAUAUACUGCAAAACUAAAAGAUUAAUAAUUACACGAGAGAAAAGCUGAAAACUGAAAACUUUCAAAGGAGAAACAGAAGAAACUUUUUUGAGCUAGUAAAACACAGUAAUAAUAAUUACAAAGGCGAGUCGAGUAUUUUGCGCAUUGUCCCUCUUUUUUGCUCUCAAGUUUGCGUUGGCCGUCUUAUGUGAAGUAUGAAGUGGUUUUAAUUAAGCGGAUAUGUGAGAUGAUUCAAUCAAUGGCGUAGGUAUGAAAAAGUAAUGCUUUUGUAUAGGAGAUUUCAUUUGCUAAAAAUAACAUGUCCUUACAAUUAAGCCUAAUUAUACCGAUAGCUUUACGCUGUUAAAGUUACUUUUAUUUUGUGUUUUUUUAUUGGCUGACACUUAUCAACAUUAAUAGCGGAUUGUGAUUUGAGUUCUUUUCGUAUCGACUUACAGUUUUUUUUAUCUAAAAUAAUUGCAGCAUUCGAUUCGCUUUUGUUCGGUAGAACUUUUCGGAACUAAAUUCAAAGGCAGAAAUGUAAAAAUAGUAAGCAUAAUAUACACUCCUAUCUUUAAGUGUUGUUGAAAUAAAUACGAGAUGAAUGAUGAACAUGCAAAAGGAUGAAUAAAAUGAUGAAACAACUGAUACUUGGAAAAUAAA